AUGUACAUCACGCACAUCCCAAACAAUCAGACUGGUCCGGUGUCUUUGCCACCUCAGCACUAUAACGUCCAUGGUGGAAUCCAGCCACAGUUGCUUCAGAACGUCCUGAACUCUGCCAGUACCAUGCAGGUCUCGCCACCCAUGCUCAGCCAGCAGCAGCAACAACAACAGGCCAUGAUGAUGUCCAACAACUCUGGUCAUCACGGCCAUGCCAUGGUCCAACAUCAGCACCAGCAACAACACCAACAUCAGCACCAGCACCAGCAUCAGCACCAGCAGCAGUCGCAACAACAGCAACAACCACAGCAGCAACAACAGCAACAACAACAACCCAACGCUGUGGAGAUGCCACCCACCAAGAAACGUGCCAAGAAGGCAUGUUUGAACUGCCGCUCGUCCAAGGUUGCCUGUGAUCAUAAUCGCCCCUGCCUAAGAUGUGUCAAACAUGGAAUUGAGGACAGUUGUCUUGACAUUCCAAGGAAGCCCAAGGUCGUCGGAAAGCGUCUCAAGAAGGACGCCAUCUCGUCACCGUCGUCCGCGCUAGUCCAUGCCACUACCGAACCGAUCCUAUUGUCGUCUGCCGUGCCUAGCCUGUCCCCAUCGAGCUCCAUGCAGAACCUCAAUAUGAUUCAAACCACCUCCGCCCCCGGCAGUGGAGUGGGCCAGCCAUUUGUGCCCCAGCAGCAGCAACAGCAGUCGCGCGCUGGUCCUACGCCCAAGCCCUUUAGCCAUAGUCAGGGCCGCUCGACCUCUUCCUCUUCCUCCUCCGCCAAGGCUGCACCAACAAACAACCAGAACAACAACAAGCCUGUUGCCGGAGGAUACCCGCUUGGAAUGCAAGACAUCUCCCAUCUUGUAAAUAGCAUCAAAAACAACCAACAACUGCAACAGCAGUUGCCUCAGUACCUCAACUUCACCAACAACAACGCCAAUCACGCCAACAACAACAACCACGCCAACAAGUCCCCGUCGCAACCCGCCUCCCCCAGCUCAGGUUCCGUGACCAACCUCGCCGCCCUCGUUCCACAGCAACAAACUUCCAACAAUGCCAACCACACCAACCAAGCCAACAACAACAUGUUCAAGUUUACUGCCAACUCGCCCAACAACAACAAGGACUCACACGACCUGACCAACUCUUCCUCCGGACACUAUAAUGUUCCAUUCGAGAAGCACGACACCAUGUCGUCGUCGGGCCAGUACGUCAUGUCCCAGCACCAGAGCCAACACCAAGCCGCCCAGCAGAUGCAACACCAGCAGUUGAUGCACCAACAGCAGCAACACCAGGCGCACCAACAACACCACCAUCACUCAAGUGGUGCGACCACGCCAACUGGCACGAGCAUCCCAUCGUCCCCAACGUCGUCCUUCUCGACGCCGUCGCCCACUCACUCGGCAUACUCUGCCGACUCCUCGCCAGGCAGUCCCUCGCAUGCCGGUCCCCAGUUUGAGUUGGCCGUACCCAGUAUCCUGGCCUCUGGUGCGCAGUCACAUCAUCACCAACACCAUACCGAGUACCAUCACCAACCAACCAACCAACAGAAUAACGUUCAUCGCGGUACUGCAUCAUUCCACAACAACAACAACACGACCACAACAACAACAAACAUGUCACCUUCACAUGGUCAUCAAUAUGACUCAACUAUUACUAGACCAACGACAACGACUGAGGAGGACCAUAACACCAACAACAACAACAAGAUCUCAAGUUCCUCAGCGGCCGCCAUCCUAUCCGCCGUUGACAACGUUUGUGCCAACCUGUCCAACCUGAUCAGCACGUCGUCCAGCUUCCAAGAGCCAAUUGGCAUUGGUUCUGCUCCGUUCGCCUACUGCUCCAAGAGUCCGUUCAUGCACUCGCUCGAUGGAGUGCCGCCCCAGCAACAACAGCAACAACACGGCCAACAGCAACAACAACAUAACAAUCAACAGAUCCAGUCCUCGUCGUCCUCGUCCUCCUACAUGCCAUCCACUGAAAGUCUGUUGCACUCGUUGAUGGGACAAGCUGCCGCUGCCGUUGCCGCCAACAACAACCACAACAACAACAAUAACAAUGCCAAUAACAACGCCAACAACAACAACAAUUCCUUUGGCAAUGGUUCAUCAUCGACGACCGUACACACCAUCCUGCCCAAUGUGCUCGUCACCGAGUUCAAGAAGAUCCACCAGUCUCUUGAGACCAUCACCUCCUUCCUCCAGUUCCCCUCUGUCCAACUGCCGGCGCUGGUCCCACCCAAGAACCCUGUAAGCCAAGAAGCACUUGGCUUCCAUUUCUAA